AUGUCAGCAGCGUGGAUGUAUGGUAGAGGCAGUGAGCUGACAGCUUACACCCCGAGGUUUACGGAGGUUGUCCACGACCGCAUCGAUUGCUUUGUGCCGCCGGCUUACACCCGGCUGCCGGUGCCUCUUCAGGAGGCCCGCACAUUUUACACAGCCCCUGCUGACUUCGGUGCGAACGGCUUUGCCAUACUUCCCACAGAGCGGCUAGGGGUUUUUCUUGACCAGGAGGAACCGAACACAAAACAUGCCUUGCUGAAGGAACUUGUUGGCCAACCAGAGCACUCUUGCAGUUCAUCGUCAUCAUCGUUGUUGUCAGUGCCGCAUAUUGAGGAGACAAUCGCCUCUCGGCUUCGUGGCUUGUUUUUUGACGCUUCUCACGUGAAGUCGUCUGAGCUUAUGGUCGAGCUGGUGUCACACAUUUUCUUAAGUUGUACGGACCCAAAACGGAUGAGCACGGGAUGCAUUGCCACCGUAGACCUAAGCCACACGGUGUUGGGCACCGUCGGUCUCUGGGGUCCCCAAGUUCAUGUUGACACUCACGGCAACCCGAGUUGGAGGCACAAAAAAGACAUCUGUUACUUUCCUGAGAAACGAUGUGGCCGAAGCAAAAUUAAGUGGUACAAACUACAAUGCAUGGCUCUGCGCAGUCUUGCUCUUGCGUACGUGGCCCCGCUGCUCUGGAUGCCGGGAUUUGGACGCUUUCAAGUCGUAGAGCUCUCAUGUCAUCAUUGUUGUCUGGGGGACCAAGAUGCAAAGGCCCUUGCAUUUAUUUUGCGUAAGCGUUGCUCUUCCGGCUACGUAUGUCUUCUGGAAACCAUUGACCUUUCAUUUAACAAUAUCACAGACGAUGGCGCCGAUGCACUUAAAAAGGCGAUCAAGUACAACAAGCGCAUUCGAAACCUACUCCUUGCGGGAAACGAGGGCAUCCGAAAGACGCAAAUCCUUGUGUCAAUAAAUAAACGACUCAAACGAAACAAGGAGGGACGAGACAAUUGGACUCUGCUGCAACACUUGAAGUGGUUGAUCAAAGGCUAUUAG